UGCGGAGCACGUGAUCGAACGGAUCUCCGAUCUCAAGCAGCGCCGGCGAUUUAUAGAAGGAUCAUCUUCUUCUUCGGAGAUCUCUCCACUCCCCUAAACACAAGACCAUAAUUUUCGUAGAUCUAAGGGGACGAUAAAAUGGGUACCAAGAUCCACAAAGUUUCGAUCUUUUUGAUCGCCGCGAUCCUCGCUACCCUAUCUCUGGUCUCAUCCGUCGAUGACAAAUGCGCCGCUUGCAAUGCUGUUGCGGCUGAACUAGAGAUUGGACUUUCUAAUGAGAAGCCAAGAAAUCAUCUGGACAUGCGUCAUCGUUUGGAUUCUAAAGGCCAACGUGAAGGAAAAGUCAUAGAUUACAGAGUCAGUGAUCUUAGAGUUGUUGAACUCCUGGAUGGUCUCUGUGACAAAAUGCUGGACUAUGCUCUUGAAAAGUUGGAUUCUGGAAAGCGAGCUUGGAUUAAAGUGAAGAACUGGGAUAACCUUCGUGCUGAUAAGCGAGAAGCACGUGCAUCCUCAAAAGAUAUUUCCUCCUUUUGCGGAAGGUUGCUGGAGGAAACUGAAGAUGAGCUUGCUGAGUGGAUAAAACAAGGUUCAAUAGAAACAGGAGAAGUAAGCAAGGCCCUCUGUCAAGAUCUUAGCAAACAUUGCAGCAAAACAAGAGGUUCAUCAGAUAUUGAUGACAAGGAGCUAUGAAGGGAGAUCAAUUAGCUAAACAGAUUCUUUUUCAGCACACCACACAAAACGAUCUGGGUGCUGGGAACCAACUCAUCAUUUAAGGUCCUUUAACUCUUUAUACUCUCUUAACGCAAAUGGUUGAGGCUAUUUGAGAUAGUUUUUAGGCUCCCUGUUCUAAAAGGAUACCCGUUCUUGAUGUGUGAACAUAAACGUAAUGAGCAUAAACUUAUGUUAUCUCACACUGACUAAUUAAAGAAACUUGGAUCUUGGAGAUAAUUUUGUAACGUGUCUUUUCUGUUCUA